AUGACAACCCCGUCGACCGACCAACAAUCCACACAGCCCUUCACCACCACCACUCAAACACCCAAUACUGGAGUUGACACGGCGACCACGCUUGCUACACCUCCAACCAGAUCUCCCGUUAUAGAAGUACUUACGACACCGGAGCUAAUUCAUGCUAUAUUUGAUCACCUUUCCGUUCCACAGUUAGUCAAUGUAAGAUCAGUUUGUAAGCAAUGGUAUCAGAUCGUCAACAUUCCGUCCCGUACGGCCGCCUAUGUCAACUACACUGUACGCUCUAGACAUAAAAAAGUCUACAUACUCACCAACAGUACUUACUCCUGCGGGGAAAACGAUUGCAUUUCAGAUAUUAGCGUAGCUAUCGAUGGUGUUUACACGGAUAAACGGAAAGCCCAGAGUGAACUAAAUAAAAGGUGCGAAGAAUAUGAAGGACAAAUGUAUAAUGACUAUGAGGAGUCCAAUGUGAGGAUCAUCGGAGGAUUCGACAGAAGGGGGUAUUAUGAUUAUGAUAUGGAUCAGGGAGAGGUGUGGGAGCUUGAUUCGUACGAUUUGGAUGAUGGAGAAGCAAGUGAGGAUGAGGCCGAAGAACGGGAACAACCGAAGGCAGCAGAAUUGGAAUCUGUAGAGGAAGGUGGAGUCACCUAUUAUAUCAUUGAUUAA